AGCUGCUCGUGCAAGGUUGAGGCAGAGGCAUUGAGGUUUCAAUGCAAAAUUUGAACACGACGAGGUUGCUGAAGUAAUUUUUUUCCAAUCAACGCUUGAAGAAAGUGAAUUUUGUGCAACAUUCCAACUCAAACAAGGACGCUUAACUAGGAUCUCCAAAUUCGAAGCAGCACAGUUUUAUUGAUAACUCAUUAAUUUAUUCACGGCGUGAAUUCUUCCAUCAUUCCUACUCUCACCUAGUGGCUUUUUGCGCCAGUUGUCAGAUUUCGAUAAAACAUGGCUGAUCAAAGUGAGCCGAUGAUAGCUGAGGACAGCUGCACUUCUUCAAACGCCAUGCCAGCCAGCUGCCAACGGCCAAACGUAGAAGUAUCACCAAAAGAUGUUGAAAAAGCUGAAGAAGAAAAAUUGAAAGCCAAGUACAAAGUGGGCUUUCCUAUCAGUGGACAUUCGGUAUUUUUGCAGAAAAAAUUGGCCAAAGGACAAAAAUUCUUUGACUCUGGCGACUAUAACAUGGCAAGACAAACUGUAACAGCCAAGAAAAAUCCUCAAGUUACUUUACCGGAAGAAAAAUUCUCCCUCGGAACCGGGGAAGCAAUCCCAACUCCAGAGACAGUUCCUAUCCGCAAAACAUCAAUCAUUCAGCCAAAAUUCAUGCCUCCAAGUUCCACUACAUCAUGAAAUCGCUCUGGUUUCAAAUCACUGCUGUAUUAAUUUUGUAAAUAAUUUCCUAGGUAAUUGAAAUUAAGUAUUAAUCAGUUGCUCUGUUAAACGUACAUUUGCUCAUCAAGAUGCUAGACUCUCGUAAAUGUCUUCAAUCCAAAAGCAUCAUUAUUUUUCUCUAUCUCUUGAUGAAAAACUAUUAUUUUUAUAACGUUGAUUUAGUCAUAAUCUAAUUUAAAUGAAAGCAUUGUCAUUGAACCAACUAAGGAAA